CAAUCCCGCCACCAUCUCGCCGGCAUUUCCUCCCACUUGCGGCUGCAGCGGCGGCGGCGGCCACCGCGCCCACCGGUCGUGGAGGCAAGAUGUCGUACAUGCGAGGCGACCUGCUGACGAAGACGCGGAAACUGGUGAAGGGGCUGGCCAAGCCCGCCCCUGCCUGGUUCAAGGCCAUGGAGCAGGCACCUCCAGUCACAUUCCCUAGAACCGAUGGUAAAAUCGAGAAGAUAGAAUUGCCUGAGGAUGUCUAUGUCAAGAGGUUCUUCAGAAGGCAUCCAGAUUCACUCUACCAUGAUGCCGUAAAGAUAAGUGGGUUUGCUCCACCGCCAGCAAGAGUUUUUGCUUGGCGUGUCUUAGAGUUGAAAGAACAGGGAGUCGAAGAAGAUGAUGCAAUGGCUGUAGCAGAUAUGGAGUAUGGAGCAGAAAAGAAAGCAAAGAAGCUAGCAUACAAGGAACUGAAACAAAUUGCACGCAGAGAAGGAAAGCAACCACCUCCAAAUCCAUAUCCAAGCGCUAUCAAAGAAAUACAGGCAGAGGAAAAGAAGUAUGUUAGGGACCGUUUCCAUAACCCAAAGGUACUCGAGAUCGUGAAUAAGAUGAAAGAGGACAGACAGAUGUUUCUUCAAGAUAGAGCAGCAGCAUCAGGUGAAGGACAGUAACUGGUUGCGUGGACUCGCCAAUUAGUUGCCGUUGCUUAUGACAUCAACCAACUGAUAUUUUAAACUCGACUGUGUUUAGUUUUUCUUAUAAAAAUAAAGUUGUGUGCACAUUCAGAAGUUAGUUAAAGAACUAGCUGUAAGGGUUUGAAACAUGUUUGGUGAGACAGAGCAUUGUUUCUUUCUCAUAUAUUUUUUACUAUUUUUUUUCAAACUUA